AGAGGGCCGUGACCGGCCAGUCUGUCUCUCUGCCUCCUCCGGCAGCCCUGCAAGCAGAGGUUCCACCAUGAUUCCCGCAGAUAGAGAAGCUCUGAGAGGGAAGGGACUUUCUCAGGAGGCCCAGCUCAGAAGGGUCUGGGGGCAGGAGGGAACCUUGACCGUUAGUCCCCAAGCUGGGGCCUGUGGGGGGACGGGAAGCCCACACAGCGGCAGAUGGGAAGGAAAACAGAGGGCUGCUGAUCUGACCCAGGAGCCACCAUCGUAAACCGAGGGUGCAGCACAGACGGAGCACCCAGGCCUGUUCCGAAAAUGCCCAGCGAAGGAAACUGGCCUCUUGCCACCAGCARAGGAUCUGACCCUUAGUUGUCUACCUUCCCCACUCACYAUGAGGUCUCCAAGGACACAGGAAAAAUCACUGAUAUACACCUGGCCACCAGCCCAGAGGAGGAGGCACCAACACAGGUUGACAGGAAAGAGUUUGAUUGGGACCAAGGAAGAUCUUCCUAAAAACGACAAACGAGAUAAAACAGACUGGGACAUCCCGGGAAAUUUUUAAUUCAGCAGGCCAGCAAAUGGCCCCAGUAUGCCUUGAGACAAAGUCUCACUACAUUGCUAAGCAGAUUGCUAAUUUGCUGAGCCUGGCUUGGAAUUUGUGAUCCUCCUGCCCCAGCCUCCAGGAAUAGAAGACUGAAAGAAAUGACCUCCAGCUGUCCCGCUCAUGACGAGGGACUCUGAUUUGUCAUGAGUGUUCUGGGCCAGCUACACAGCCUCUAUCAGUUAGCCAAAGCCGUCAAGUUCAGCACCGCCCCAGUCAUAGGAUCAGUUGUCGUUGAGAUGGGGACCAGCCAGUCGGUGUGCUUCCCACCUGUCUCAGGACCCCACCUUGUAGGCUGUGGGGAUGUGAUGGAGGGUCAGAGUCUCCAGGGGAGCUUCUUUCGACUCUUCUACCCCUGCCAAGAGUCAGAGGAAACUGUGGAGCAGCCCCUGUGGAUCCCCCGCCCUGAGUACUGCGCUGGCCUGGCCGAUUACCUGAGGUUGAAUAAGCGCUGGGUGGGGUUGCUGUUCAACCUGGCUAUGGGAUCUUGCCGCCUGCCUGUUAGCUGGAACGGCCCCUUUAAGACGAAGGACUCUGGAUACCCCUUGAUCAUAUUUUCCCAUGGCCUUGGAGCCUUCAGGACGUUGUAUUCAGCCUUCUGUAUGGAGCUGGCCUCCCGUGGCUUUGUGGUUGCUGUGCCAGAGCACAGAGACCAGUCAGCUUCGGCUACCUAUUUCUGCAAGCAGGUCCCAGAGGAGAAUCAGCCCACCAAUGAGUCACUAGAGGAGGAAUGGAUCCCCUACCUUCAAAUUGAGGAAGGGGAGAAGGAAUUCCAUGUUCGGAAUCCCCAGGUGCAUCAGCGUGUAGGAGAGUGUGUGCGGGUAUUGAGGAUCAUGCAGGAAGUCACUGCUGGGAGGACUGUCCUCAACAUCUUGCCUGGAGGGUUGGAUCUGAUGACCUUGAAGGGCAGCAUUGACUUGAGCCGCGUGGCUGUGAUGGGACAUUCAUUUGGAGGGGCCACAGCUGUUCUGGCUUUGGCCAAGGAAGCCCAGUUUCGAUGUGCUGUGGCCUUGGAUGCUUGGAUGUUUCCGCUGGAGCGUGACUUUUACCCCAAGGCCCGGGGACCUGUGUUCUUUAUCAAUGCUGAGAAAUUCCAGACAGUGGAGAGCGUCAACUUGAUGAAGAAGGUUUGCACCCAGCACAAGCAGUCCAGGAUCAUAACUGUCCUUGGUUCUGUUCAUCGGAGUCAAACGGAUUUUGCUUUUGUGACGGGCAACUUGCUUGUGAAAUUCUUAUCCACCCAAAUCCGUGGGAGCCUGGACCCCUAUCAAGGUCAGGAGAUUAUGGUGCGGGCCAUGCUGGCCUUCCUGCAGAGGCAUCUUGACCUGAAAGAGAACUAUGAUCAAUGGAACGACCUCAUCGAAGGCAUUGGACCGUGCCUCAUCCCGGGGGCUCCACACCAUCUGUCCAGUCUGUAGGCUCAACUGGCCAUUUGAAAAAGGUCACUCGAGCUGAGCUUCCGGGGCCACCCAUAGCCUGUUGGGAGGGGUCCACAGGACUCUCUUUCACUGACUGAGAGGAUUAAUCACCCUGCUGAUUGGAUAGCUGGGUUCUUUGAUCUUGGACUUGUUGAUCUUAAACUCACAUUGUGACAGGGAUCAUCAACUGAUGGACAAAGUGAUUCUGUGGGACCCUGAUGGUGUGGGGAACAAGCAGUGGGGGGGUGGGGGGAGCCAGGGGAGAGCCGGGAGGUGAAGACUCAGCCCCCCACCCAGCCUCCUGCCUCACCUUGGGCCAGUGCUGCUUCCUCUGUGGCAACGGUGAUGCCAGAACACAGAGGGAGACCUUCAGGGCUUCUGCCCUGCCUGGCACUGCCUCUCCCGCCUCUCCACCUUCUCCCUCCCCAGGGCCACUUGGUGACACAGGCACUGUAGGUAAUUUUCAAGGAUACGGGCCAUCACCAGAUUUGCCAUUUAUUUUCAGCUUUUCUCAUUGCGUGAAGCCUAGUUCUGGGCCUCAGUUAUACCUCCAGCCCACAGGAGGCGGGUGGUAUUGUUCUGACAGGGAGAGUCUCUACAGCACAAAGGGGUGCCUCAGAGUUCUGGGUGUUUGAGGGUUUUGCCAGGAAGCAAAUGAGCAAGCUGGUUUGGGCAGAGAGGAGAGUAGUGCUGUCACCGUUAGCACAGGACUUGCCACAGAGCGAGGUAGUUUGGUCAGCUCAGACUCCAAGGCCACUCCUAGGGAAGUCUAGAAUCAGCUCGGUUUUGCCUGUUACCUCAGAUAACUUGAACCGCCAACCUGCUCAGAAACAGGGCGCUUUAGUGGUCUUUCUUCUUUGCCUCAGGGUCUGAGGCAAAAAAAAAAAAAAAAGAAAAAAGAUGAAAUUUCUUUUCUGUUCCAUUUAUAAUUUGAAUGAUAUCGAUACUCACGUUUGCCUAAUGAUAGAUUGGGAAUAUUCUCUCUCUUUAAUCUGCAUUAGAUCAAGAGGGGGAGCCAUCUGGAAGUGACUCUUCCUUCUGUCUUUCUUUGUUCACUAACCACGUGGGCCCUGUGUWCAAAUCUUUGUAAGGAAAGGAAGACUCCAAGGCAUCUAGUUCAUCAGCCUGAAACUCCACCUCCACCUUCAAGGCUUCUAACCUCAGUCCUGGGAGGGGACCCGGAA